AUGAUUAUUGCCACAGAUACUCAUCGGGCCCUCCAGGCCAUGGAGCGCUUACAGACAAAACUUCGGGAUCGAGGUGACAUUGCAAAUGAGGAGAAACUGAGCCUAUUAAAAUCAGUGCUGCAGAGUCCCCUUUUUAAUCAAAUUCUGAGCCUUCAGACUUCUGUUCAACAACUGAGAGAUCAGGUAAAUAUUACUCCUUCCAUACAUUCCAGUGGUGAAUUCCCUCAGCUUCUCCAUCAUGGUGUAAACAUGGGGUCCUUGCCACUUAAUGAGUCAUAUUUGUUGGCUCAGCAGAAUGGCAACCCAGCUAAUGUGUUAGAAACAUCAAUGAGAUCCAUUACUCCUCAGAUUAAUGGCAAAUUCUCUAGUGAUGACUUCGAGCAGCUGAUCAGAAACAUGUCCCAGGGUCGUCUUGUUGAGAUAAUUGACCUUAUUAAACCUCUAAGUGGUGGUCUGGGCUUCAGUGUUGUGGGACUCAAGAGUGAAAACAGGGGAGAACUAGGAAUAUUUGUGCAAGAAAUCCAGGAGGGAAGUGUGGCACAUAGAGAUGGAAAGCUGAAGGAAGCAGAUCAAAUCCUUGCUAUUAACGGACAAGCUCUUGAUCAGACAAUUACACAUCAACAGGCUAUCAGCAUUUUGCAGAAGGCAAAAGAUAAUGUCCAGCUAGUUGUGGCUAGAGGCACUUUUCCUCAGAUCAUCAGUCCUGUAGUCUCCCGGUCUCCAUCUGCUGCUAGCACAGUUUCAGCCCAUUCCAACCCGGUUCACUGGCAGCAUGUGGAGACCAUAGAGCUGGUCAAUGAUGGCUCAGGUCUGGGAUUUGGGAUAGUGGGAGGAAAGUCAACUGGCGUGAUUGUUAAAACCAUCCUUCCAGGAGGGGUGGCCGAUCAGCAUGGAAGACUGUGUAGUGGAGAUCACAUCUUGAAAAUUGGUGAUACAGACCUAGCUGGAAUGAGCAGUGAGCAGGUGGCACAAGUUCUCAGGCAGUGUGGAAAUAGAGUGAAAUUGGUAAUUGCAAGAGGUCCUGUUGAGGAACCCCUUCUACCCGCAGUUCCUCCAGGAACACCAGUACCCACCUCUACACCAGAGAAACAGGAUGAUGCUUCUGUUGAUAGCUGUGAGGAUGGGGAGAAAUUCAAUGUUGAACUCACUAAAAACAACCAGGGUUUAGGAAUAACUAUUGCUGGUUACAUUGGGGACAAGACAUCAGAACCUUCUGGUAUCUUUGUGAAAAGCAUUACAAAAGGUAGUGCUGUUGAACAUGAUGGCAGAAUCCAUGUUGGAGAUCAAAUUAUAGCUGUGGAUGGAACAAAUCUUCAGGGUUUUACUAACCAGCAAGCAGUUGAUGUUUUGCGGCACACGGGACAAACGGUUCGGCUCACUUUGAUCAGAAGAGGUCUUAAACAGGAAAAUCGUAUUCCACCCCAGGAAGACUUCAGUGCUCCUGUUGAGCAGGACUUAUUAUUCCAAACAAGGGAUAGUACCACAGCCAAAGAUAACAAUGAAACAGAACAGGGAUCCCCAUCACUGCCAUGCAGUGCCAGUGUGGUAAAUAUGGGAACUGACGUGAAACAACAGGAAACAGAUUUCCAGCUAACUAGUACAGAAGAAGCAGCUGCAAAGAUAAAAUGGCAGAGGAUUAUGGGUUCGAAUUAUGAAAUAGUGGUGGCUGUGGUUAAUAAAUUUAGUGAAAGCAGUGGGUUAGGGAUAAGCCUUGAAGCUACAGUGGGUCAUCAUUUUAUCAGAUCUAUCUUACCUGAAGGGCCAGUCGGACGAAGUGGCAAGCUGUUCAGUGGAGAUGAACUGCUAGAAGUGAAUGACAUCUCUCUGCUUGGAGAAAACCACAAGGAUGUGGUCAGUAUCUUGAAAGAGCUGCCUAUUAAGGUGACAAUGGUGUGCUGUCGUCCAGUAGCUCCACCUGUUACUCAACCAGAAAUACUAGAGAGUCUAAGCCUGUCUGAAGUUCAGCUCACAGAAAAGGGUCACAUAGAGCUUGGAUUUGUCGGCUCCUCAAACACAGAGGGAACAACUUUGGAAACAGCUGAUAACGGUCAGAGUAUGGAAGAGGUGCAAAGCUCGUCUCUGGCAAUGUGGGAAACAGAAAUACAGCACAUUGAGCUGGAGAAAGGGAGUAUGGGGCUUGGAUUUAGCAUAUUGGACUAUCAGGAUCCUGUUGAUCCAGCAAACACUGUAAUUGUAAUUCGCUCAUUAGUUCCCGGGGGUGUGGCUGAGCAAGAUGGCAGACUUCUUCCUGGAGAUCGGCUUAUGUUUGUCAACGAUAUCAACUUGGAAAAUGGCAGCCUGGAGGAAGCGGUGCAAGCACUGAAAGGAGCCCCGACAGGAACAGUUAAAAUAGGAGUUGCCAAACCAUUGCCUGUGGACUCUGGCGAGGCAGAUCUAGCGGAUGAGUCCACCUUAGAAUCACAGUAUUCUCUGGAGAGAGACGUCUUCCAGGACUCAGUGGCAGCUCUGCAUGACAGUGCCUGUAGCGGUGAGGUGAACGACAGCUUCUCUCUUCCAUUAUCAACUCCCAAGUCUGUUGGAGAGGAAUGCCCAAAUGCUGCAGGUGAUUUCCAUGUAUCUGAGAAGAAUCUGUACAACAUGAAUCUGAAUCAGAGACUGAGAGAUGAAAAAUCUGUAGUGGACAGUAGCCUGGAAACUGCAAGUGAUUUUACUAAAAUAGAUCUUCUGACUCUGGAAGUUUCAGAUAUCAACGAGAAUGAAAGUGAAAAUACAGCAACAUGGGCAACAUCUCAGACAGCAUCAGAAGUUGUGCUAAAUACAAGCCUUGCUACUACCACACAGCUUGAUCCCAAUGAAAAAGAUCAAUUGCUUUUAAUGGAAAAGAGAUGCCCAGUGUCUUUGGAGGGAAAUUCCACACCCCAAAAUUCAGUCAAAAACAUGUAUGAGAAGACUAUCACUAUUGCAAAAGGCAAUUCAAGCCUAGGGAUGACAGUAAGUUCCAAUAAAGAUGGUUUGGGAAUGAUAGUUCGCAGUAUCAUCCAUGGAGGCUCAAUAAGUCGUGAUGGACGGAUUGGUGUUGGGGACUGCAUCCUGUCCAUUAAUGAAGAGUCAACCACUAACUUAACCAAUGCACAAGCCCGGGCUAUGCUGAGACGACAUUCACUCAUUGGACCAGACAUAAAUAUUACAUAUGUGCCAGCAGAAAAUUUAGACGAGUACAGGGCCAGUCUGGGACAACAGACAGAGGGAACAGUGCCACUUGAACUUUUUCCUUCACAUAUUGUGAGGGAACUUCCAGAGCUUCCAGAACGUGAAGAGGGGGAGGGAGAAGAAAGCGAACUUCAAAAUGCAGCUUUAAGUAACUGGAACCAGCCCAGAAAGGUUGAACUCUGGAGAGAGCCUAGCAAGUCACUGGGCAUCAGCAUUGUUGGAGGACGAGGGAUGGGAAGCCGCCUGAGCAAUGGAGAAGUGAUGAGAGGGAUUUUUAUCAAACACAUCCUGGAAGACAGCCCAGCUGGCAAAAAUGGAACACUGAAAACUGGAGAUCGGAUUGUAGAGGUGGAUGGAAUUGACCUCAGAGAUGCCAGCCACGAACAAGCUGUGGAAGCCAUACGGAAGGCAGGCAAUCCUGUAGUCUUUAUGGUACAGAGCAUUAUAAGCAGACCAAGGCCAGAGUCUCUUUAUAGCCCUUCUUCAGCUUCUGCUCCCUGUGGGCAGAAAACUACUAACCCAUUUUAUCGUCAGUCAUCUAAGAACCCUUCCCUGCCUUUUCUGCAGAACAGUGUUUUCAGUAGGCCAGCUGUCUUCAGCAGCACUAACCCAUUUGCUGAUUCUUCUCAGUUCAACACUGCUAAGGAGGUAUCGAAUCCAAUUAGGGUUACCUUCCGUUGUUCCCCAACUAACCCUUUUGCUCCCACACCAUUCAAGGCAUUUGGUCAGUCUGAUAUGGAGCCAGAAAAGACUUCGCUUUGUAACUUGCCUCUGCCCCCUCCUUCACCAUUUUCAGGAAUGAGCUCUGAUGUUGCACAGUCAUCUUCUAUCAGGGUCCCAGAAGAUGUGGAGAAGGAGGAUGAGUACGGUUACAGCUGGAAAAAGAUCAUGCAGCGCUAUGGAAAUCUACCAGGGGAACUACACAUGAUUGAGCUGGAAAAAGGAAAGACAGGUCUGGGAAUUAGUCUUGCUGGUAACAAAGACCGAUCCAGGAUGAGUGUCUUUAUAGUGGGAAUUGAUCCAAAUGGAGCAGCUGGAAAAGAUGGGAGGUUGCAGAUUGCAGAUGAGUUGCUAGAGAUAAAUGGCCAAAUCCUUUAUGGAAGGACUCAUCAGAACGCUUCUUCAAUAAUCAAAUGCGCACCAUCUAAAGUUAAAGUAAUCUUCAUCAGAAACAAGGAUGCAGUAAAUCAGAUGGCUGUUUGCCCUGCAAAGUCAGUAGAGGCUUCACAGUGUACUUCAGGAACACUUCAACAUCAAGAGAUUGACAUCAGUGUUGCAAAUCCAAGUGCAUUUUCUGACUUAAGUUCAUGUAAAAACAUUCAGUACGUGGAACUUCCUAAGGAUCAAGGAGGCUUUGGAAUUGCCAUUAGUGAAGAAGACACAACUAAUGGAGUAGUUAUUAAAAGCUUAACAGAUCACGGUGCGGCUGCAAAGGAUGGACGUAUCAAAGUUGGAGAUGUGAUUCUGGCAGUUGAUGAUGAAAUUGUUGUGGGAUAUCCUGUAGAAAAGUUUAUUAGUCUCCUGAAGACAUCCAAAUCUGUGGUGAGGCUUACAAUCAACCCAACAGAGACAGAUAACCUGACUACAGCACCAGCCCUUCCCAGCACUGUCCCAGCAGAGAAGAGGAAUAUGCAACCACCAGCAGCUGUCCCAACUUCCAGCUCACCAGAACCAGAAGCAGUCAAAAACACAAGCAGGUCUUCAACUCCAGCCAUGUUAAUCUCUGACCCAGCUACUUGUCCCAUCAUUCCUGGAUGUGAAACAACCAUUGAUAUCUCCAAAGGAAGGACUGGUCUUGGGCUGAGCAUUGUUGGAGGAGCGGACACUUUGCUGGGAGCAAUCAUUAUCCAUGAGGUAUAUGAAGAAGGAGCAGCAUCUAAAGAUGGACGACUGUGGGCUGGUGAUCAGAUACUAGAGGUGAAUGGAAUUGACCUCAGGAAUGCCACACAUGAUGAGGCCAUUAAUGUCCUCCGUCAGACACCCCAAAAAGUUCGCCUGACUGUGUACAGAGAUGAAGCCCAGUACAAGGAGGAAGACAUGUAUGAUGUGCUGAAUAUAGAGCUCCAGAAGAAGCCUGGUAAAGGCCUUGGGCUGAGUAUUGUUGGGAAGAGAAAUGACACAGGUGUGUUUGUGUCAGACAUCGUCAAAGGAGGAAUAGCAGAUACAGAUGGGAGAUUGAUGCAAGGAGACCAGAUAUUGACAGUGAAUGGAGAAGAUGUCCGAAAUGCUAACCAGGAGGCUGUUGCAGCUUUGCUAAAGUGUUCCUUAGGUACAGUAAGACUAGAGGUUGGAAGAAUAAAAGCUGGGCCAUUUCACUCUGAAAGGAGAACAUCCCAGAGCAGCCAGGUCAGUGAAGGAAGUGGAAGUCUCUCAUCAUUCAGUUUCCCAGUGUCUGGGUCUGGUGCACCUGAGGUCUUUGAAAGUGGCCUAAAGAGGCAUACCACAGCUUCUGAAAUACAGGGACUAAGAACAGUUGAAAUAAAAAAGAACCCUACAGAUUCACUAGGCGUGAGCAUUGCUGGAGGUGUAGGAAGUCCUCUUGGAGAUGUUCCCAUAUUUAUUGCCAUGAUGCACCCGAAUGGAGUUGCAGCUCAGACUCAGAAAUUAAGAGUUGGGGACAGGAUUGUUAGCAUCUGUGGAACAUCUACUGAGGGCAUGACUCAUUCCCAAGCUGUUAAUAUCUUAAAAAAUGCUUCAGGCACUAUUGAGUUGCAGGUUGUAGCUGGAGGAGAAGUGAGUGUCAUAACUGGUCAGCAGCAGGAUCCACCUACUCCCGGUCUUUCGUUUUCAGGACUAACUUCAACUGGCAUUUUUCAGGAUGAUUUAGGACCUCCUCAGUACAAGACCAUUACUCUGGACAGAGGACCAGAUGGCCUUGGCUUCAGUAUUGUGGGUGGCUAUGGCAGUCCCCAUGGAGACUUACCCAUUUAUGUGAAGACAGUGUUUGCAAAGGGUGCAGCAGCAGAAGAUGGACGCCUCAAGAGGGGGGAUCAAAUCAUUGCUGUGAAUGGGCAGAGUUUAGAAGGGGUGACCCAUGAGGAAGCAGUUGCUAUUCUGAAAAGGACAAAAGGAACAGUCACUUUGACUGUGUUGUCAUGAACUGGCUGCCUGACAGGCUAGGGUCAAUAAGACAAUAUUGUUUACUUUCCACAUAGUAAAGAGAAUGGAAAUGUUUGAGUAGUCUUCUUACUCUUUCAGCUUCACAGGACUGUGUUACAACACUGAAGAAAAAUAACAUUUAACCAUAUUUUUGUAUACAUUAGAAGUACUUCUCUUCCUGUCAAACCACUGGAAUGAAAUUAUGUUCACAAUGGAAACACAGGGAUAUUUUUCCUAUUAGUAAUUCACCACGAAAAAAAUGUUGCCAUUAAUAACCACACAAGAAAGUUGAAAAGCAGAGGCUGUAUAUUUGAAUAAUGUUGGAAAAAUGAUAAAUUCACCAAGUCAGCAUGGAGGUUGCAGGUGUAGCAGUAGCCAGAAAACAGGAACAAGGUUAUUGAAGAAAGAAAAUAUUACUAAAUCAGAGAUUUGGGAGAUAAGGGGAAAUGUAUGUAAUCUGGAGACAGAUGGUUAAUAGACUAGAUGGUUCUUUGGAACUAGACAAUUUUUGAGAUUCCUUUCAACCCAGACUGUCCAAUGACCAUAUUAUUUCACAAUGCUCAAUAGGAGAAACUAGUUUGGUGACCUGGGUGGAUUUUUUUGCUUGCCUUUUUGUGUGUUUAAAUUUUUCUAAGUCGUGGUGUAUCUGAAAAAAAAAAAAAAGAACACUGUGUUUCACUUGGCUUAGGUUUGAGGGUUUCAUUAUUUUGGUGUCAGGGAGGUGUGGUGGUGGUGGUGGUGAUGGUUUUGUUUUUUGUUUCUUUGUUUUGUUUGUGGGUUUUGUGGGACUUGUGCUCAGGGCUGAAAAAUCCAUUACUAGUGGAAACUUCCUGGUGAUUGAGAAUGCCCAGCAACUGCAGUAUUAGAAGAACUAUAUUUUUAAAGUAGGAAUAUUUUAUAGUCCUUAUGGGUGAAAACAAAUUUUCUAAUAUGAAGUUUUUUGUCUGUAAGCAAAGGUUGUCCUCUUCCAACAUGCUACACCACGUACAGGGUCAGUGCAGACAUUUCUGCAAGCUGUUUGCUUCAGAGCCUUGAACAAACCUCUCAGAGCAGCUCUGCUUAGCUGCCAGCAGAUGUCUAGAUAUUGCCAGUGUGGAAGGAGUUGACAUUAAUGGUGUUGCUGCCAUUAUCACUAGCAGCAAAGGUAGAGUCCUCCUUGAACUGAGGAGGCAUACAGCCAGGAGUGAUGGGUUGAGGUUGGGUAAAGACCUGAAAAUGCCUCACAGUGGAGGUGAGUUGUAAGACAGUAGUGAGGGUUUGCAUCAGUAAUAAGCAGAAGAGGAGCUUUGACAGCUACAACUAUUAUUUUGGGGAUAUUAAUUUUAGAGGCACAGAUAAAAGCAUCUAGUAAGUAUAGUGCAACUGUGGAGCUUUCUUUGAUCAGCAGCAUGGUCAAUAAAUGCAUCACUUUCUCAUUACUUAAACUUUAUCUAAAAACUGCACUCAAUGAAACACUUAGCUGAUUGUAACCUGCCUGCCCUUGCCUGCCAUGCUCUUAGGAAGCUGGCAGAUAAAGCAUGCUUCUCCCAUGAUUUAUUUUCCUGCAGAAAAAUUUAGCUGAGUCUUUUGAGAGAGGAAGAUACCAGUCAAACUAGUAUGCUAUUUAGCUGGAGGAUGCUUUGUGUUAAUUAACAAAAAUGGAAUUUUAGCAAGAAGGCCAUUAUUUCAACUAUCACUUACGAGAAAUAUGAACUGAAAAUGCAGGCAAUGGUCAGGCCAUUAUUAGGGGAUAAUACAAAAGACUAGCAUUCAUUUUAGUGGGUCACAAAAGCAGUAUUAGGAGUGUCUGUCAAAUAGUGUUAACAAAUUGAUAGCUAUGUGUAAGUGAAUUAACAAAAAAAACCCUGCUCUUUGUCUUUUUAACUAUUCUAGAAGUUAUAUUGUGGUAGGCUAAGAUGCAAUAAACUAGAUGGUGCCAUUGCUGGAUGCUGCUGUUAUUGAAUUGCUUUUGUACUUAUUCCUUGCAUAGAGUGAGAAAUGCCUACAUUAGAGUAUGUAAAGUCACUUUAAAUAGUAUCUAUAUUUGUAACAGAAGUAGUGUACAGCUAUUUUGUUACUGCUCUUGUGUCACAAUGGGGGAUUUAAAUUAAUAAAUUUCAAACUGUCAUGAUGAA